AUGGUGGUAAAGGACUCCUUGCCGCUCUCCUUCUUCUCGUCCUCGGCCGGCUUCGGUGCCAUCGCCGGGUCCAUCGCGAGGCAGCUGCACGUCAGCCUGGACAGGAACGCCGUUCGCGAGAUGGUGAUCAAUCGGGCUCGGCAACUGGAGUCUGGCCUCAUCAGCAUCAUGAGGAACAAACCUGUGUACUUGAAGAUGGACGGAGCAACCCGGCUUGGCUCCAGUUACCUGGCUAUCAACGCCCAGUUUUUUCACGACGGGAAGCCGACAAUCAAGACACUAGCUGUCACGGACUGUGCCGGCAAGCACACUGCGAAGGAAACGCUGGAGCUGCUCAAGAAAGCGCUGGAGAGGUACGAGCUCAACAAAGAUCAAGUGCUUGCUGUGGUCACGGACAAUGCCAGGGCGAUGGUGAAAACCGUAGAGCUAUUGAACCAGAGUGAUGAAGAGAGGAGCAGUGAAUUGCUAGAGGAGGGAAGUGCGGAUGAUCAGGGAGAUCAAGAAGAGGACGAGGUUGGUGAUGACGAAACACUCCGCGACCUGAUUGUGGAUCACUUCGACACGUCCACAGGCUCGCGCCCAGCAGCUGGCGCAAACACCAAUGUCCACAUGACGCGAUGUGGUGUUCACACCCUACAGCUGGCUGUACGCGACGGAUUGAAGCAACGAGGUGCACAUGCGGUGUUGGAGCAUGCCCGAAGCGUCGUGAAGAAGCUCAGGGCGCCGAACAUGGUGGCAUCUCUGAAAAAGAAAGGUCAUCUGCUCCCGAUCAUCGACGUGCCAACAAGGUGGGGCAGCAGCUACGCCAUGGUGAACCGCCUGCUGGAACUCCGGGAGGUGGUGCAAGAUUAUGCUGCUGUCGCGCCGGACUUGCACCUGUCGGACGAAAAAUGGCAGCGAAUCCAACAACUUGCUGACGUCCUCAAGGACCCAUACAUCGUGACCAUUCGGUUACAGAGCAGUGAGCUCACACCAGGGACGUUUCUCAAAGAGUGGCUGAAGCUGCGGGACGGACUGGAGAAGAACGGGGGCAUCGGCGCCGCUAUCGCCUCCUCCAUGCGAGGGCGGGAAGAGACACUGCUCGAGUCGGAUGCCGUGUUGGCUGCCGUCUUCGCCGACGCCCGGUACAGGAUCCUACUAGGCGAGAGACUGCAACGUGCCGAAGAUGCCUUCAUCAAGAUCGCUCACAGGGUUCAUCACAUAGAGAACUCUGGAGCUUCUACUGCAGCAGAGCAUCAGCUGAGCAGCGCGAGCUCCGAGCAAGAAGACGACCCAUUUGAACAGGAGUUGGACCGGCUCGAACGCGGGCGUCAUGCAGUGAUGCAAACACCCUCUUCGGUGACGGAUGCAGUGCAUGAGAUGAAGAAUCUCGGACGACUGAAGGGAAAAGACGUCUGGAGCAUCAUCGGCAAGUACCCAGCGGCCGUUCAGACGACCAGCCUCGCCCUGGCCGCUCUACCCACGACACAAGUGUCAGUCGAACGGCUGUUCUCGGCCAUGAAACUUCUGCUAACGGACCUUAGAUCCCGGAUGAAGGAAGACAUCGUGGAGGCAAUGCUCCUCAUACGUUCCAAUGACUUUGCUGGCGAACGGAAAGAGCUGCGGUAUGACAGGCUGCAGGACUUUUUUCACGGUUUGUUUGAAGAACUUCCAAACGGUGGUGACUCCCGGAGGUUGCCUCUUCGGCAAAGCCGGCACUCGAGUCCUGGGCGCCGAUUCGUUCAGCAUGAUGCCGGACACCAGGCUGCGUUUGCCGCUCAACUUCACGUGGCCGCAAUCUGUCUCGAAGGAUGCAAUGAAAGUAAUGGGAACUGCACAUUACCCGGAGAAUGCAAAUGCAGAGAAGGCUGGCAGGGCGUCUUUUGUGACGUGUGUAAACUCCACCCAUCGUGUAAACAUGGUACCUGCACAGAGCCGUGGCAGUGCUCCUGCAAAGAAGGCUGGGGGGGCAUAUUUUGUGACCAGGAUUUAAACUACUGCACUCAUCACAAGCCGUGCACCAACGGGGCCACGUGCAUGAACACGGGUCAGGGCAGCUACACCUGCGCCUGCUUGCCGGGCUUCACGGGGGUCAAGUGCGACUCCGAGGUCAGAGAUUGUGACAGACGGCCGUGUCGCAACGGAGGCAACUGCUUAGAAUCAGACAGUGGAUUCAGGUGUGAAUGCCCACGAGGUUUUGCUGGGGAACACUGCGAACAAAAGACGCUGACGUGCAUGGAUGCGCCCUGCUUGCUUGGCGGAAAGUGCAAAGAGACAGAAAAUGGUCAUAGUUACAUUUGCGAGUGUCCGGCAGGGUACACGGGACUCAACUGUGAGAAGAAAGUGGAUAAAUGCACGUCCCUGCGAUGCACCAACGGCGGACACUGCGUGACGCACCGCAACCUUCGUGUGUGUAGCUGCCGCGGCGGCUUCACCGGCCUACGCUGCGAGAUCAACAUCAACGAGUGCGCCAGUAACCCCUGCGCCAACGGCUCCACCUGCGUGGACCGCAUCAACGACUACACCUACGCCUGCCCGCCGGGCUACACCGGACGCCGCUGCGACAAAGCCGCCGACCGCUGCACCUCCUGGAUCUGCCGCAACGGCGGAACCUCCACGCACGUGCCUUCAUCCAACAGCGCCAACACAGCCUGGGAGUCCAACGAGAAGCUCAACUUGGGGGCCAUCAUCUUGGGCAUUGGCUUGAUGGCGGCGCUGGCGCUCUCCUGCGUGUUCAUCGCGGUCAUGCAUCGCGUGAGGAAGCAGCGAAGGAAACAGCAGGCCUCCGAGACUAUGAACAACCUCUCCAAGGCGGACUUCCAGAAAGAGAACCUCAUAUCCACACUGGAGCUCAAGAACACCAACAAGAUGAUGGAUUUGGAGGUGGAUUCUCACUUCUCCAGCGAGAAGUCCAACCACAAACACACGAACCACUUCCACGUGGACUAUAAAACAUCCACGAGGUACAAAGAUGAACAAUCCCUCUUGGACAAAGACGGAAACUGUGAAAAGAUGAUAGAAGAUAAAAAGCAUCUGAGUAGAAUGUACAGUGAAAGGCCAGAAUGCAGGAUAUCAACCAUAUGUUCUUCCAGAGAGUCAAUGUACCAGCCUGUCUUUGUGAUGGCAGAGGAAAAACAUGAAUGCAUCAUUGCAACUGAGGUUUAAUAAACGGAAGACGAGACCACCAUUUGUUGUUGUGGACUGUUUACAAGCGUGGAGAGACUGGGAUUUAUUUAAAUGCAAAGUUGCUGCUCUUGAAAACUUGAUAACUGGAUGGAGUCCGUGCGCUCCUCAGAUGCAAUAUAGAACUUAAAGCAAACGAAAAUCUUUGGACGAAUGUAAACGACAACAUCGGGACAUCCGGAGUCACAUUUGUUGUGACUUUUUCCGGGUUUUAUCCAAGGAGACUCACGGCCCCCCGGAGAUGUUAACAAGGACAAAACGCUUAUUGCGGCAAUGAACACAUAAACAACAACAAAAACUGCUGAAAACGGUUCUUUUUUUUUUUUUUAGUAGUCACAGAAUGUCCAGAUCACGGAGCCUUAGUUUAUAUUUAAACAAAACAUUAUGCCCCCAACACUUUAUCUUAUCAUAAUUCCUUUGCACAGAACAAAAAAAAAAGAAUCAAAACAAUAAUGCGCUAUAAUCAUAUGCAGAAAAACUCCGAAUAAGGCCUUGUUAACUUUUAAAUAUUAUGCAAAAAUCCUACUUAAAACAAGUAAGUGACUAUUUUACCAAGGACGCCUUUAAUGGAAAUGUCAUUUUAGUAUUUCAUUAAUUAUUUAAGAAUAUGACGCACUGAUCUGUUUUAUACAUAAAUAUAUAUAUAUAUGAUUAUUUUGUACAUUGUAUAUUUAUGUUGAAAUUAGAAGUAUGUUUGGUAAAUUGAUGCACCAAAAGUGUGAAUUUAUUUUUAAAGUGUUUUUUUUGUGUGGUGUUUAUUAUUAUUAUUAUUAUUAUUAUUAUUAUUGUUGCUGUUAUUAUAUUAUAUAGCUAUAUAAGGAAAGAAACCCUGAAUGUGGUACACUGUUUAUUUGUUGGUCAAAUAGAGACUAGAAGAGGGGUUUUUAAAGUCGGAAAAAAAUUCAAGGGAGGUGCGGUAGCUUGAGAAAAAUAAAGAAGAACAUAUUUUUAAUAUUAUUGAAUAUUCAAUAUUAUUUUGAGUAGGUAUAAAAGAGGUUGGGAGGUGUCACUCUGCUCCGCUUUGAAAGCUCCUAAUCUAGAGUCUAUUGAAGUAGCAUUUGUAUGGGUUCCAUUUGUGUAUUUUCAUCAUCGUACUACUAUCUACGUACGUAUGUGUGAUGUGAAAUCAGUGUGCAAGCAAUCAUGGUUCAGUGGACUCCACUACAAUUGGCAGCAAUGUAAAAAUGUCCUUAAUCAAUUAUGAAUAUAAAUAUAUAUAUGCAUUUUUUUAAGCUGUAUGCAGAAAUAAAUAAUCAAUGUGGUCUU